CUUGGAACCUUAAUUGAGCCCUUGGUUUCCUCUUAUUUCCAACUACUUUUUCUCUAUUUCUGGUUCCUGGUUUCCCAGCAUUCCUAGGUCCUCAUUUCUCCCCAGGCUCUUUGGCUCUCUCCUUUUGGCCCAUUUCCUCUUUAUUACUGCUUAUCAAGCAAACUGUCACUCUCCAGAUUUCAGCACAGUCCUGCUGGGAACACCCUGCAGACCACAAGUACCGGUCUCGCGGUUUCCCUCCGCCUUCUCAAUGGCCGGGCUUGUUUUUUAUAGCCCUUAAAUCUGUGCUCCACGGAUACUGGAGGAAUGAGAGGGCUUUAGCUGAAGGCUCCGGGUCAGGAAGGGUCUCUUAGGGGUCAAAUGGGAGAGGAACGUUCGGGCCAGAGGUCAACACUUGGAACAAAUGGAUCGAGCCAAGAGGGCGCGGGCUCGAGAUCCCCAGGACUCCCACAGACGAGCUGUGUGUGCAUGGGAGAGGGCGUGUCAAUUUCUCCCUCCCCGCAAAUCUUGGAUACAUAAUAGACACUAGUCGGGCACUUCCUGGCUCCCGUCGGGCCUUCUGGGCUAGCCAGGCCAGAAGCCUCCGGAGCUUUUGGAGCCCUGCGGCCCAGUCCGUGGCCCUGUCGCAACCACGAGGGCCCGGCCCGGCUUCUGCUUCUCGGCCUCGGUUCUCAGCACAUGCUCCACGGCCAGACCCACCGGGAGCCUCCUGAGCCCCAAGCGCAGCUCGCUGGGACCCCAGGGACACCUCGCGGGCCAGUCCUCAGGGGUUAGAGAAAGUUGUUCAUCAGGCUUUUUAAUAUGCCUGAGGCCUGGUUAUCUGGGCCGGGGAAACAGCUUCUUUCCCGCCCCGCUGCAGGAGCUAGGUGCGGCUAUCGAUAAAGUUUUGGUUGUCAUGGCGAUCCUCAAGCGCAAGACCCAGGAGAGGGGGAGAAGAAGGGAGCUGCGCGCGCAGGCUGGAGGGCGGGGAAAACUCAAGAUGGGCGGCCGCCAGGGCCAAUGGUGGAAUGCACCACCCAGCGGCCCGGGAGGGUCAGUCUUCCAUUCUCCAGGCUCGAGAAUGACAGCUACCGACGUCCAAUGACUGGGGGUACCGUGGUUCUGGGAGAGGGCGCGCCGGCUCCCAAUCCACAGCGCCCUCUAUUCUCCCUGGAUCUGAAGGACAGGGCUUCUGGUCCAAUGGUAUAAGGCUACGUCCGUCGACAAGCCAAUCGCUUUGGGACUCUUGAGGCCCGGGAGGUUCCACCUUCUCUCACUCAAAUCCUCUGGUAUCCCGAAGGCUCUGUAGACGGACGUGGAGAGAGACCAAUAGUAUGAAGGUGGUUUAGCGGAGAGCCAAUCGCUUGCUAACCUACAAGGACCCGCUUCCCAACCCUUGGACAGCCACAGCACAGAGCUGAAGAACAAGAAAUUUAGACCAAUGGAAACAUUCGGGCCCCGGGAGGCGGGGCCUAUCCUCCCAGGCAAUGGCUGGUGAGCAGCAUGGUCCAGGCUGCACCAUGGGACCAGAGAGGGUGACAGCCAGGGAGCUGUGUGAGAACGAUGACCUCGCCACCAGCUUGGUCCUGGAUCCCUACCUGGGCUUCCGCACACACAAGAUGAACGUCAGCCCAGUGCCCCCUCUGCGGCGUCAGCACCACCUGCGUUCGGCGCUCGAGGCCUUCCGGAAACAGCGGGACUUGGAGGCCGCCUACCGGGCCCUGACGCUGGGCGGCUGGAUGGCCCACUACUUCCAGAGCCGUGGCCCGCAGCAGGAGGCUGCCCUCAAGACCCAUAUCUAUCGGUACCUUCGAGCCUUCCUGCCUGAAAGCGGAUUUGCCAUCCUUCCCUGUACCCGAUACUCCCUAGAAACCAAUGGGGCCAAGGUCGUGUCUACCCGCUCCUGGAAGAAGAACGAGAAGCUGGAGCUGCUGGUGGGCUGCAUCGCCGAGCUGCGGGAGGCCGACGAGGGCUUGCUGCGGGCCGGGGAGAACGACUUCAGCAUCAUGUACUCCACCCGCAAACGCAGCGCCCAGCUGUGGCUGGGGCCCGCGGCCUUCAUCAACCAUGACUGCAGACCCAAUUGCAAGUUUGUGCCCGCAGACGGGAACGCGGCCUGCGUGAAGGUGCUCCGAGACAUCGAGCCCGGGGACGAGGUGACCUGCUUCUACGGGGACGGCUUCUUCGGGGAACGCAACGAGCUGUGCGAAUGCUGCACCUGUGAGAGGAAGGGGGAAGGCGCCUUUCGAUUGCGGCCCCGGGACGCGGCCGCGGCCACUCCCAGGACCUGUGAAAAGUACGACCUCCGGGAGACCGAGCACCGGCUGCAGCGCUACUGGGAGUCCCGAGGGGUGCGGCAGGGGCUCGGGCCCCUGGGGGCCCAGCGCUGCUCUCACCUGCACACCCUGCACCGCCUGGACCUUCUGUGUGCGCUCUGCCAGCCCCUCCGCCUGCAGCCUUUCGGGACCCAUUUGGACCCCUCUGCCUUGUGGGUGCAGUGGCUUCCCCGGCCUCACCCUCCCCACCGCCGCCGCCGCCGCCGCCGACCCCCCCGCCGUCGACCGGCUCGGCCGACCCCGCACCCCCGUGUCCCCCGAGUUUCCCUGCACCGAUGGGGGGGCUGCGGUCCGCAAUGCCGCCUUCGGGGGGAGGUCACCGUGGCCUUGAAUCCGGCCCCUGCCUCGGCCCCGGCCCGGCCCGCCCCGCUGCAGGACUGGCAUUGGGCCCGGCGCUACGGGCUGCCCUGUGUGGUUCGGGUGGACCUCAGCGGUGCCGCCCCAAUCCCCGCCGUCCCUGCCAGCCUUAGGCCUGCAGGCCCGGAGCCCCCCAAGCGGACCCUGGCCUUUGGCCCCUUCUCUCCACCCAAGCGUCUGCGCCUGGUGGUCCGCCACGGCUCGAUCGCCCUGGAUGUGAAUGGAAGCCACUGAGGGCGCGUUGGGGGGCACCUCUUCCGCCCGCAGCCGGCUCGAAUUCACGGGAGGCAGGCGUUGUAGGUGUCCCGCCCCCGUGGCUGCCCCUCUGGCCUCUGCAGCCCCUGGAGUUCUGCCUCAGGGGGCCGUCUCCCUCCUUCACCCCUUGAGAGUGGCAAGGCUGGAGGGGGGCCGGGAUUUCUCUUUUCAGGGCCACCCUCUCCUGGACUCGAGGGUCCCCGUGGACAGGUGACCCGACCCUGUGAUUCUGCCAGGGCCAGACCCGCCAUUUCUCUCUCUCAGGUCAGAGGGAGAGGGCACCUCGUGGUGCUGGUUCAGGGCUUCCUUUUCCUUUUUCUCCCAGCUAAUUCCCAGCUGCCUGGGGUCCCAAGGAAUUGGGGUGGGGGUGCAUAGAUUGCAAGGUGCUGCCUCUCCCUGGCCACGACCGGCCCUCUUUAGGGCCCCUCAAGGCUUCCCCCCCAUUCCCCCCUUGGGGCGCCAUUUUGAUCCCCAUACCUUUCACUAGGAGCCAGCUCCUUCAUUUGAACAGGACUAACCCUAGCAAGAGGUCCCCGCCCCCGGGGGCCGGGGCCCGGCUUUCUGGGGGCCCCCCCUCCUCUCCCAGCAACCCACGGCCUCUGACCUCAGCAGGCCCCAGGCCAGCCCUGGAGGCCCCCAGAUGGGGGAGGAGAGGGGCAGAAGGCCAGAGCCCACCCUUAGGACCCAGCAGGGAUAACCUCAAGGGGCCAACCCCCCGACCCUAGCAGCCCCUUCCGGGGGGCCGAGGGGAGCUCUCUGCCUCAGUGGCAUUAGACGGAGCCUAGGAUCUGUGGGGGUGUCUCCACUCCCAAACCCAGCAGGGAGGGACAGGCAAGGAUCCCCCUCCCCCAAGCCUCAGGAUGGUUCUUGACUUUACCUCCCGCCUCAGUGGCACACCGCCCCCCCCUUUUCCAGGGAGGAAAGCCAUAAAGAAAGGGGGGGAUGGAGGGGGGAGGGACCCCCACCCACGGCACUGUCUUCCCCCUCCGCGUACACACCCCUCUGGCUCUCAGGGAGGCCGCCCCACCUCAUCUUUCUCAUGGUGCUAUAGCUCUGGUGCCUCCUGGGGAGUGAGGGGAAGGGGGCCAGCACAGCCUGGGGCCCUUGGCCUCACACCCCUCCCCCCCAGGGAUGGGGGACACUGGGUGACGGGCAGUUUGCAACUUUUGUUUUUGAUAAAAGUCCUUGUUGUUAAA